AUGGAAAAGGAAAAAGAAUAUUGAUAUGACUAUCAGCCUUUUCUCUUAAAUAAGACAAUGGGAAGAAGAGGAAGUGGAGAAACUGAAUUAUGGGGCCUUGAUAGUGUUAAUGGAUUCAAUUUAGUUGCUCAAGACAUUGAAGAACUUGGUCUUCUUCACAAAUAUAAGUCACACAGCCCGGAAUCAAUUGGAUGCGAAGUAGUUAUUGGAAUUUUUAUUCAGCCUGAGCAAGAGUCGCACUUAGCUGCAACAAUGGUUUCAGUUGUCAAAAACAUAAAAAUCUUUGAAGAAAAAGAUCUCUCGGUUCUCUGCGUUGCAAUCGCAGAUGGCAGAAAAAAUUUGAAAGCAGUUUACAACAAUAAUUUGCUUGGUAAGGCUUUUGGCUCAAAUUAUUAUAAUGAAAGGGAAAUAGUUGAUCGAUUUAAUUUAAGUCAAGACAAGAGUGAAAUUUCUCUAAAACAUAUACUAGGAAAUCAACCUCAAGCAAAUGGAGAGCUCGCUCACAUGUUUAUGCACAAAGACUGGCCACAGGGAGAUAGCAAAUGCAGACUCGAUUUAAUUUUUUGCAUAAAGGAGCAAUACUCAGGAAAGCUUAAUUCACACUUGUGAUUCUUUGGUGGCUUUUGUCAGCAUAUCAACCCCCGAAUUGUUAUGCUGCUUGAUGCUGGGAUCGAGCCAGAAGAGAAUGCUUUAUUUUAUAUGUAUAUGGCUCUUCGAGCUGAUGAAAAUCUCGCUGGAUGCACCGGAGAACUGAAGCCAAAUGCAAAGAACUGUAGAAAAAUUUUUCGAUAUGCUCAACUUUUUGAGUACAAGACAAUUUAUAUGCUUGAUAAAGCUUUAGAAAGUUCCUUUGGCUACGUUUCAAGUCUCCCUAGCUAUUUUAGUGCAUAUCAAUGGAAAGCUUUAAGCAUGAACAUUCUUUUGGAAACUCAUUUUAAGUCCAUUUGCCAUCCUGAAGAAAUAGAUGCUGCAAAUUCAAACUACUAUCUCUCAGUGGAUAGACUAUUGAGUUUAUCUCUCUUCAUGCAAAAGGACCAUAGGUACACUUUGAGAUAUGUCAAAAGGUCUAAAGCAAAAAUUAACGUUUCAAAUAAAAUUUACAAAAUCAUGCUUACAAGAAGAAAAUGGAUAAAUGGGACUUGGUUCAUUUUAUUGGAAUCUCUUAAAAAGUCUUGCAUGAUUUUUUGCUGUAAAACUUCGCAUCCGUGGUAUAGGAUCGUUUUUUUUGCUAUGCAAAUGAUCUUAUAUGUUACAAAUUUCUUUUUUUCCUGGCUGAUUGUAGGAUAUUUUUUCGUGUUCUUGUCUCAAGGCUUGAGAAAAAAAGCUGAAGAUGAUGAUUGGAAUAUUCAUGUGCAAGAUAUUCUUAUGAUUUUUUAUGGCCUAGUUCUUGAAUAUAUUAUGAUCCUUUCUUUGGGAGUUGCUCCUAGAAAGGCAAAUAAAUGCUUGACAGUUCUAACUCACGCAGGGGGGUUAAUUUUUUUUUUUAAAAAAAUUUAUAUAUAUAAAAAUUUUAUAGAAAAUAUUUUUUUCGAAAUUCUAAAAAAAUCCUAAUUUGCAAAAAUUGGAAAGUAAAUAUUGAUUUAAUUUAUUAAAUUUAUGUUUUUAAAACGCAAUUUGUUUAAAAUUAAACAGAAUUAGCUCGAGAUUUCAUUAUACUAAUUAUCACUUAUAUAUCAAUUUCUUUUUUCAUAAAAUUUUUUUUCUAUUAAAAAAACUUUUGUUCACUCACGGAGGGUGGGUUUUUGGGCAAAAAAUAGGGAUUUUUCUAAUGGUUUUGUUCACUCACGGAGGGGGGGGGAUAAGCUGAAUUCUUUUGGCCAUUUCUAUUAUCAGUGUGUUUUUCUUUCUAUCAUACUGAUUCCAGGAGCCAGGCGGAGGUUAUUCACAGAUUUAUUUCGGCGCUUUUCUUAUCUCAAUAGGUUUAUUUGCCUUAAAUAUUCUUUUUCAUUUAGAUAUUUUGUGCAGCAUCCCUCAUUAUAUUGCUUUCAUACCAGUGCUCGUUAACAUCUGUAUGAUCUAUUCCAUUUGCAAUAUUCAUGACUGCUCCAAUAGUGAUCCAGAAAAAAUUACUGAAAAUGAGCGGGACCAAAUUGUCCGCUUUCAGCCAUUUCGAGCUUUUUGGCUCCUUAUAUGGAUUUUAACGAAUGGAAUUUUUGCCUAUUUGAUGUACGAGUUAAUUGAAACUAAACAGAUAGAUGUGCUUAUGGGUAUAGCGAUGGUUGGGAUGAUAAAUGUUAUUAUCAGACUGAUUGGGGGAUUAUGCUACCAUUUGAAAGAAUGAAUUUUAAAUAAGUUUGACAAUAAAGUUGACCUUAGAAAGCCUAAUGAUGAAGAGUCAGAAAACAACAACUCCGCGCAAAUAUUUAUUAAUGUGCAAACUUUAAGUGAAGAUUCUUCUUUAAAUUAA